AUGUCCAAGAUUAAAAAUGAUAAAGUUAAAAAGGGUAAUUUUACAAAGAAUGUAUCCAUAGAAAGCUUAAGGCAGACACAAACAUCUUCCAAAAAAGAUAAGGCCAAGGGAGUGGUGCAAACAAGAUCAAAGAAAUCCAAAAAAUCAGUUGUUGAACAACCAAAAGUGAAUCUGACCGUUAAGGGAAAUAAAUUAGUUUUGGAGAAGGUCAAAAUCGUAUGUAAGAAACGUGAACUAUAUGAUGAAGAGAAGAUAAGGUUUCUUGAGGAUAUUUUACAAGAGGAUGGAGGAUUUGGAUGUGGAGAUGUUAAUGGACCAUAUGUUGAAGAAGAAUGUCAAGAAUUUGAGUAUAAUGAAGAGGAUUCUGGUGGUGAUGAGGAUUUAUGUGCUGAGGAUGAAGAAGAAUUUGAUGUUAGUAAAUUUGGUGUUGUGGAGGUGUAUGAAACUAAAAUUUCAUAUAUGUAUCAUAAGAUGGAGGAUUUGAAAAAGGAUCUUGUUGUAAAGAUAAAUCAGCAAAUUAAAGAACCAAUACUAACACCUGCUUUUUGUCAAGUUAAUGAUGAUGAAGAAAGCAUAAAAGUAAAUGAUGAUGAAGAUUAUGGAAAUGGUUUUCUGAAAGAUCAUGAAAAUGUUGAAGAUGAUGAUCAAGGGAAAUGUGGUGGUGCUAAGGGGGAUGGAAAUCGUGCACAUAAGGACCAUAUUGAUAAAAAUGAUGCUGGAGGUAAAGUUGAUGGUGCUAAAGGUGAUGUUGAUGAUCAUGCAUAUGAGGACCAUAUUGGUAAAAAUAAUGAUUUGUUGAAUGAGAAAGAUGAUGAUGUUAUGAUGGAAAAUUUUGGUAAUGAAGAUGAUGAACAAGGAAAUGGAAGUGGAUGCAAUGAAAAAGAGGCGAUGAAUUUAAAUUCUAUUGCCGAAUAUGUUACUAAGAGUGUUGGUCUAAUUAAUAGCCAAGAAGGUGUAUCUUUUAGUCAAUUAAUGUGCGAUCUAGUUGUUGAAAGUUUUCUUAAAAUUUUGGAUCGAGGGACUGUAAAUUUAGGUGAGGAUGAUCAUAGUAAAGAAGUAAUUUCAGAUCAUAUUGUUCAUAAAGUUAUUGUAGAAAAGAAAAAAGAAGAUGAAUUAAUUGAUCCAAGUUUAUUGAAAGGUUGUGCUAAAGUGUUAGUUGAAAUUUCUAAACUAAAUAAGGAUGGAGAAGGUGUGGUAGAAGGUGAUGGUGUUGAAGUUGAUUCGAUUUUAGGGAAAGCAAUAGAAGAUUGUUCAAAUGAAAAUAAAGAUAUGAUGGAGGUAAUUAGUUUAUAA